GAAUGUUCCACUGGUUUCCACUUCUUCGAGAAAGUUCAAGACUUGCCAACCAGGGGAACUAACGCUGUUCAACAUUUCACAAUUAAUGGAAGUCUGUUCCUCACCUUUGCGAACUAUCAUGGAGAUAUUCACAAAUACAAGACAAGCUCCAUGGUCUACAAGAUGGAUGAACCGACUGAAAAGUUCACAUUGUACCAGACCCUGCAAACUAGAGGUGCAUAUGGCGUUGAGUACUUUUCUAUCGCUGAUAAACAUUUCCUUGCUGUGGCUCAUUAUUAUGAUGGUACGUACCAAGUUGACUCUGUAGUAUUCCAGUGGAAUGGACAGCGGUUUGUGGUAUUUCAGAAAUUACCAACAAAAGGAGCUGCACACUUCAAGUUCUUCACAUUAAAUAGCGAAAAAUAUCUCACAGUGGCAAACUAUUACGAUGGAAGUACCCGCUCAAUAAAAUCAGUCAUCUACAAAUGGAAUGGCCUCAAGUUCAACAAGUUCCAGGAGAUAGCAACUGAAGGUGCCAUGGGAUGUACUGCAUUUAUAAUAAACAAUGUCACUUACAUCGCUUUCGCCAACUAUUACAACUCUCAACAGAAGAAUUCUGUUCAGUCCAUUGUCUUCAAAUGGUCAGGAAGACACUUUGCCAAACUACAGUCUCUUCAAACUUAUGGCGCAUAUGACGUGAAGUCCGUAAAUAUCAAUGGUCACACAUUCCUCACUUUUGCCUGCCACUACUCUGGAAGUUCCCACAACACUGCCUCGUUUAUUUUUAAAUGGGAUGGUACCAAGUUCGUUCUUUUCCAAUCCAUUCCUACUCGUGGAGCCCUUGCAUUGUAUCCAUUCGCGAUCAGCGGUCAUACCUACUUAGGCAUGGCCAAUCACUACGACAGCAGCGUGAAACAUAACACUCAGUCAGUUGUGUACCAGGCCUCUGGAGCACAGUUUAUUAAGUAUCAAGAGAUUUCCACCCAUGGAGCGAUUGAUAUGACAUCCUUUGAGUACAAAGGUCACUCCUAUCUGGCAGUGGCAAAUCACUACAAUCAGAAAUACAACAUAAACAGCUCUUUGUACAAGUGGGUGUAGAAAUAGGGGCACAAAACUAAAAGCGUAAUGACCAAGGGUCUUAGCUGCUUAUGCAUUGGUGUAGUGAUAGUAUUUGCUCAAUAAUCGAAGAACAAGGUUUAGAUUUAGGGAUUUUUUGUGAAAAUUGACUCUUUGAUAAAUGAGUGUUUAUCAGCCUCUUUAAAGUGAAAGUAGCAAUAAAGCUGUGCAUUGAACAAGACACUAACGUCUGGUUUAAUUCCAAUUUUGUUUGAGUAAAUGAUAUCCAUUUUUAUUGAUAAAAGUUGAUCCCCAGAAAAGUAAUAUCAGACACGUUCAAUAUUCUGAAAUGGACUUUAAUACCUUUAGGUCAUCUGUUGUGUGUGUGUCGUCACAUAAGUAACACCUCCCUUCCCCCACCCCCUAAUGAAUUAUUUACAGAGACAAAGAGACCAGGGGUGAUAUUUCCAUUUAAUUCAGAUUUUUUUGGAUCCAAGAAUGUUGAAAAUGGCUAGAACUAUAAUUCUAAGUAAGAAAAUACUUCGAAAUUUAAAAGUUCAGGCAGCUCAUAACAUUCUUUGCUAUCAACGCUCUGUUGACUUUGAAAAGAGCAUAAAUGUAAUAUAAUAAUUGUUGUAUAGUUUAUGAUCUCCUCCUCAACAAGGGUUGCUGCUUACAUCACUUGUCAGAAACAUUCUUUCUUUUUGCUUUUAACAAUCAUAGAAAUAAGCUCGAAGACACAACUUUUUAGAUUAAGCAAAGCGAGGAAGGAGGCGAAGUCCAGAGUAAAGAGUUAGGGAGUUUUGUGAAAAUUUUCAAAAUAGCUUACCUUUUCGCAAGCAAAUAUUGAGAAAAGAAUAUAAAAAAGAAAAUUGUUUGCAAAGCUUGUUUUUGAAGCUAUGUGAGUUUACAAAAUCGAAUUUUUUUUAAAUAAAAAAAGUGCAACUGACUACAGAUGAACUGUUGAAUACCUCAAGGAGCACGCACAGGUUUCUUUAAUUUUCCAUUCUUGAUGGCUCUGAGCUUUCGACAUGAUCGAACUUUUCUUUCUGUUUCUUCAAUACAGUGUAAAAAUGCCCAAUUAUUUCCGCCUCAACAAAUUGUGAUCAUUUUUAUGACAUUAGGUUACCAUUAUAACACCACAGCCUUGAAAUAGCCACAAAACAUCCGCUUUAUCGCAUUUAAGGCUUGAAAUUUGUGCUAACAAGUUUACCAUUCUCUUUAAGGGAGACGUCUGCACACAUAAACAAACCCACGAAUCUCUAAUCAAAAUAAGUCGAAGUUACUAUCAUCUGAUUUUCUGAAUUUCCUGUUCCUACUAAGUCAUCCAUCUUUUACAAUAAAAAGAGUGCUUAACUAUAUAUUAUGGUAUCAUGGUACAAGACCGACCGAAGACUUUUACCAGGUUAUCAAAGCCAUGUGAACAAUUGGUAUUAAAAAAUAAUUCAAAUAGUACGCGCGCUCUGAUUGGCCAUAAAACCAUUUUACGUGAGCGUAUGUAAACACGGUUUUCGUUCCUCUUUCAUUAGUUAUUUUAUAAAAGAAAUGUAAAAUGGUUUCCGUGUUUACAUAGCCUAAUCGAAACACUUGGGAGGUUGGGAGAACACGAGAUAAGUUUCCAUUUUACAUUUCUUCAUUAUUGAUCACUAUUGAGAUGAAGUACUAGAAAUUGAAAUAUCUAAAGCGAUGUAGAGUUUUUAUUUACAAGAAGAUUCCACACUUCUUAACAGUACCAGGACCAGGCAAGUACCGAGCAUAAGGGAGCCCCUACUCCCCCCCUUCCCGCCUUUCACUCCCCCUAAGCAUGUGGAUUCAGAGCACUGUAGGAAUCACCUUACCCCUCAAAGACUAGAAAAUUACCGACUUAUUAAGAAAGGAGCCUCGUACCCUCAGCUGGAAAGCUUAACCCGACUAUGGUAACCAGUCGUUAUAAGCAAAUUACGAAAACAAAGCCCUCUCUAGUGAACCAAAAAAAUGCAUUUAAAUGUAAGAGAUGUGAUGCAUAUUAUGUAGGCGAUACAAUCUAUUUACUAUGUAACGGGGAGCAUAAAUACUCUACAGAACAGAAGCAGGCCAUCUCACGUAGCUGGUGGCUUUUCUUGUGUGCUGAUGCGACGAGGCUUGAGACGGUGGCUGGUUGUCUGUUCACAAGAUGAAGAAUUCCCAUUAAAUUGUUUCUUCUACAGAAUGCUUUCCUUGAAAUUAGCGUAAGUUGACUAUGGCUAUAACGAGAUGGAAAUGAGGACGGUGGAAAAAAACCACACAAAAAGGUUUUUUCGUCACCAAAUAUGUGUCGAGAGGGGCGUAAGAGUUUGCCUAAGAAAGAUGUAGAGCAAGUCAUGAAGUAUUAUUUUAUCAAGCGUUACGGUAAACGGAAAAAUGUUUGAGCCAUCCUUUCCAAGGGCUUCGGCAAUAGUAUUAGUGUUUUUAUGAUCUAAGUUCUGGCGAGGAAGGAAAUGAAUUCAAGGAAGGUUUCUGGUCGCCUCCCGGUUGAUAAGUAAUCGAAUGAUAGGGUACUUGACCGGCGGCGAGAAGGGACACACUUUAAGUCAUUGAUUGACACCGAAAAACUGACGCGAUUAUCCCUCGAGGAAUAAGGAAGCGCUUUACUAAAACUGAGAGAUUUCUUGGGCAUUAAAUUCUUCUCCGCGCGGUUGCUACCGUCCUAGGUUAGGGACUACACUCUGGCGAAGAAAGAGAAGAUGGCAAAAGCCAUAUUUGCAUAUGAUGCAAUGGCGGCCGAACGUGUUUUGGGAAGCUCUCUAAAACUUUUAGCUUUCCUGUUCACAGUUGUAUUUAUAAUUCAGGAUAAUGUCAUCACAUUUAGGAAACAAGACCCUACCGUCCCACAGACGGUUUCAACAUCACUCGAGGUGCUGAGGUUGCCUCCCACUCAACUCUUCGACCGAAUGGCAGGUUUAAAUCUCGCGCUCGGCGCUUUCUGGCGCUCAGAGUGCAAUACCAAAGGGACAAGCAGCUUUAACUUGCAGAGAAAUUUGAUAGUAUAUGGGGAUAUAUCGUCCAAUCCUAGUCCUAAAAGGACGAAGAUUUCGCCAAAAUCACCAAUGCGGUGAGUCUCAGAAGGUUGCGAAGAACAACCAAAAUGUUAUCUUGUGUGCCUACUGUAACAACUGGUCGCACUCUUAGUGUCUUCAGAUGUCUCGUCUUAUUUUUCAAUACUAAUUAGACAGGCCCGACAUUGAGUGGACUUGUCCCACUUGUGCUCUGCCGUGAUUCUUUCUUUGCGGGGUCAAAUGUAUCGUAGUGGUCACAAUCAAGAAGAGGUCACAUCUAAGCUAAGUGCAAGUGCGGAUCAGGGAACUAGGUGGUACAAGUCCAAUUUACUGGCAGGGAACCUUAAGAAAUACCAGACGUUGAACAUCGGCUACCGAACGGAAACAACUAGUUCUGAAAGAGCAAGUGGAGGGAUCCGCAUAAAUAAUGAGGAAAUUAAGACCGCGGAAACUCUCAAACUUUUAGGGGUAACAAUAAAUUCCAGAUUAAAUUUUUCUUAACAUGUAAACUCAACGUGCAAGAAGACCAGUCAAAGAAUUGCUGUCCUCAUGCGACUAAGAAAUCUAAUCCUUAUCAAGGCCAAACUCCAACUGAACAAAGCAGCUGUGUUACCAGUCAUCUUACAUACUGCCAUCUAGUGUGGCCCUUUUUUUAGAGCUAGUGAUUCGCUUGAACGGCAACAAGAAAGAGGCCUGAGAGUGGUGUACAAUGAAAAGCAAGCUAGUUAUCUUCAAUUAUUGGAAAGGGCUCAGCUGCCAAAUUUGAUGAACAGACGUUUGCAGGACAUUAGUAUUCUUAUGUAUAAAGUUAAAUAUAUAAACUAAGUAAUAUUUGCAAUCUUUUUAAAGAACAUAUAUAGUAAAGUAUAAUUAGAGGCAAUCUGAUUUCUCCACUCCUAGGUAUAACUCUGUAACUUAUGGUGGGCACUCACUGCUACACUUGGGACCUAAAUUAUGGGCGAAGCUGUCAUCAGAUGACAGAUCAGCCAAAACACUUAAUGAGUUUAAAAGGCGCAUUCGUGGCUAAGAUCUUGCUGAGUUAAUAGAAACCGGCUGCAAGGGUUGUAUCCUCUGCUCUGCUUUCCAUUUAUCUUUACUCUCUGCCAUCGAUAUCCUGUAACCACCUCCUUGAUUUUUUUUUAUUGUAAAGUGAAUGAACUCUGACGAAGGGCUAACACUCGAAACGUCAGCUUUUUUACUCUUCAGGGUGGCAUAUACGUUUUCAACUCAGUUGUUAAAACUAAAUUACCUGCUACACUGCCCCACCGACGCAGCACCACAGUUUCUUUAGAAACUUACCCCAUUUAUCUUAGAAAGAGAGUCGAUUUGAGUGCGUAUUGAACACUCUCCCAGCUGUGUUUAAAAGUUAUCACUAAUUAUAAACAAGCCCCAAGACUGUGCGACCACAACAAGCAUGGCUUACCUUGUUUUUUACUCAGCCUUAGCACGUGUCACUUAAUGGUGCUCGUUGCACCCGCUUUCUGGUUUCCUCGUACUUCUUCCGUUCAUUUUCUUAACAAAUGCAAAUCUAGGCAGACGUUUUUAAACGAUAACAAACAUUUACUUCAGUGUCAAGUGUAUUUAGGUACGAGCUAUUUGGGGGCACUAUAUAUAGCCGACAUAAAAUUUAGCCGACAAUAAAACAUUGAAAAAUUAAUUGAGAGCCUUAUAUCGACAGCAUAGGGAUUAUUCUAACCUCACAUUUACAAUCUACAAUCUAUAAUCUGAAUCCAAAAUCUAGAAUCAUUAUUAUGAUCUAGAAUGCUACUGAUGUCUAGUUUUCUUAUGGUGUUUUUAGAGGACUGAAGGUUAAAUAAUUAUUUGCUUGUUUACGUAGUCUGCUCCAUAGUGCAGGUCUGAGGUGUUUGAAAAAUCAAGGUAAAUUAAAAUCUUUGUUGCGCAAAUGAUAACUUGAACUAUUUCAAAUGGUUUAAGCUAUUAUCAACACGUAUUAUCUGAAACUCUCUAUCCACAGCUGCAAAGGAUGUUGACCUUCAGCUUGAAGGAAGAGGAGUAACCAAUCAUUCGGUCAGGAAAACCUGUAUUUUAAGGCUACUCGCUGCAGAUAUUACGGAGAACUUGACAGCCCAACUGUGUGAACACAAAACCACGGAUAGUCAGCGAGUUCGGAACACCAAAGGAGGAUGUCCAUGACCCUCAGUCGAGUUACUCGUUUCGAAACCGGUAUGAAAUAAUGAAUGUCAAGUCGCCACUUGUUCGGCUGCAGAAAUCGCCACCAGUACACAGAAGAUUCAUUGAUCAUGAACCAUUCUAACAUCCCCCUACUGUCUUACGCCGCUCUACUACUUUCUUGCCGGUGCAAACGUAAGACCUAGCUCUGGAUGCACCUUCCAGAUAUUUCAUGGCCAUGUAAAAGUCGAUACGAAUUAGAAUUUUCCAGUUCUGAGCCAAAAUAAAAAGAGAUGAACUCUCUUUCUUAAAGGAAAUCGAACUGAGUGCUUAUUAAACUUUCCUCUGCAUUUCAAGGAUUCUCUUAUCAAAAAUACACCCCAAGACGGCGUAACCGCAAUAAGCGUGGCUUAGCUUGUUUUACCUCGAUUUGGGCAUAUUAUGGUAUUCCUUACACCCGCUUUCAUUCCUUUCAUUCUUCCAUUUUACUCUUUCAGCGAAAACAGGGAAGGCGUUUCAGGUCUAUUUUGCGAUCUAACUUUCAUAUGCCCUUCUGUCGACUAAGCCGACUUCGCACUUGUGAAAGACAUACAAAGGAAGGAAAAAGACGAAAAGCUUAAGUUGUAACCACGCCCGCCCUCGAAUCUAACUUGUCACUCUUACUUUUCAUACAGAAUACCCUGGACAGGAUACCAUCAUGUUAAUAUAAGCUGUUUGGCACUAUGAUAUUUGCGGUUUUCUUUUAAACAGACGUUUUAAAAACAAAAAUGAUUGAUUUAUUGAUUGAGAAACUUACAUACAACAGACAUUCAUACAUCUUCUUCAUCUCGCACGCAUCAAAACGACGCAACUCACAAAUUUUACUUCAUAUUGCAAAAAAACUAUCAACUCAGGUGUUUUCAGUCUUCUGAAUAUCUGCCGCUGGUCUAUGUAGGAUAGGAAGUAAACCAAAUAAUGUUUACUCGUGUUAUUUAAAGAAUCCAUCAGAGAUAACACAAUGUAAAAUUGAAUCAUUUGUUACGUAAAUUAGUUCCCCGCCGACAAGGUCGCCAUGAUUGCGUAACCUUCCUUUGUCAGAAGCAUUCUGUUCAGUCCACUGUCUUCAAAUGGUCAGGAGGACACUUUGUCAAACUACAGUCUCUUCAAACUUACGGGGCAUUUGACGUCAAGUCUGUUAAUAUCAAUGGUCACACAUUCCUCUCUUUUGCCUGCUACUACUCUGAAAGUUCCUACAACACUGACUCGUUUAUUUAUAAAUGGGAUGGUACCAAGUUCGUUCUUUUCCAGUCUAUUCUUACUCGUGGAGCCCUCGCUUGCCAUCCUUUCGUGAUCAGCUCUCAUACCUUCUUAGGUGUGGCCAAUCAUUACGACAGCAGCCAGAAAUACAACACACAGUCAGCCGUGUACCAGGCCGCUGGAGCAAAGUUCAUCAAGUACCAAGAGAUUUCCACCCGUGGAGCGUUUGAUAUGACAUCAUUUGAGUACAAAGGUCACACUUAUCUAGCUGUGGCAAACCACUACAAUCAGAAGUGCAACAUAAACAGUGCUUUCUUCAAGUGGGUGUAG